AUGAGUAUUGUUGGCGAAAAGGAAAUGCCGAGAACCUCACCCGGAACUUUCUCGGCCCCUUUCCAAAACGCCAGGCGCAACGGGAAGGGGUGGGGUCGCAAAGGCACGGCCCCUCUUUUUUUUUUUUUUCUGAGGCGCUGCUUUUCCAUCGGCCCGGGGGUCAGGCGUGACGCUCGGAUUUCCGCGAGGCGGGCGCCCGGCGAGCCGCCUCUUGGGCCCUUUGGCGUGGCGAACGGGCGGCGUCCCAGUACCCCCGGGGGUCCCCCCACCGGGAAGAACCGCCGUGGGUUGGAUUGGGCGGGAACUCCGGGCAGGCGGCGCGCACACAAAAAAAGAUUAUGA